AUGAUGAACAAUCACCAUCAUCAAUGCGGACACGAAGAAUGUGCACACAACCACCAUCGUCAUCAGGAAGAUGAAGAAUUGGAACAUUCUGUCUAUGAUGAAGAAAUGAAUGAUGAAGAAAGUAUUGAGGAUGAUGAUACAUCCAAGGUGGUUAAAGCCACAGCACCAGUCAAGCCUUCAACACUUGAAUUAAAGUCGGAAUUAGUCUCCAGAGAACCACUCCCUUUGCAACAACGACCUAUUGCUUGUAUUGUUGUCGGAAUGGCAGGAUCGGGUAAAACAACUCUCAUGCAACGAAUUAACGCAUACAUAUAUGAAAAGCAACAUCCAUCCUAUAUUAUUAACUUGGACCCUGCAGUAUUAGAUGUACCCUAUGGUGCUAAUAUUGAUAUUAGAGAUACAGUCAAUUAUAAGGAAGUCAUGAAGCAGUAUAAUCUAGGACCUAACGGAGGAAUAUUAACUUCACUUAAUUUAUUUGCUACUCGUUUCGAUCAAGUGAUUGAUUUAAUUGAUAGGAAAUCGAGAACAGGUUUUGAUGCAGGAAUGUUAAUGACUUCCUCUUUAUCCAGUUCCUCAGAAAAGAAGAAAAAUCUUGAAUAUGUCUUCAUUGAUACUCCUGGACAAAUCGAAAUAUUCACUUGGUCAGCAAGUGGCCAAAUUAUUUCCGAAGGCCUGGCGUCAUCAUUUCCAACAUGCAUCAUUUAUGUUAUAGAUACUAGUCGUAACACGAAUCCAAUUACUUUCAUGUCAAACAUGUUAUAUGCAUGCAGUAUUUUGUACAAGACUCGUUUACCAUUCUUAAUUGUUUUUAACAAGAUUGACGUUGUGAGACAUGAAUUUGUCAAGGAAUGGAUGAAAGAUUAUGAGGCUUUCCAAGAUGCUCUUUCAAAAGAUGAGAGUUAUAGUAGCUCUUUAGCUCAUUCCAUGUCUCUUGUAUUGGAUGAAUUCUAUGAAAAUAUUGAUACUGUUGGUGUAAGUGCCAUGACAGGAGAGGGAAUGGAUGAAUUCUUCAAAAUUAUCAAUGAAAAAUCCAAAGAAUAUGAAGAAACAUACUAUCAAGAUUUAUUGGAACAAGAGAAACUCAAACAAACUGAAAAACUCAAACAACAAGAGGAAGAUAUGCGUCGUCUUGAACAAGACUUUAAACGAUUCAACACUGCUUCGAAAAAAGCACCAACAGAAGAUGAGCAAUUACAAGAAUUUCUACAAAAUCUAAAGAUGCAAAAGUAA